GCGCGUGGGUGGCUCGUCACGUGCUCGCACGUUAUUUUUGACAGUGAUUUAACGUCACACUGUUGCCCGUGCACACGCACGAGCGCACCGUAAGCCAAGCCGAGUCGGACAGAGAAAGUUGUGAACGAGGAUGCGCUAAGAAAAGGAACUUCUACACGGUCAGGAACCCGGGACAGAGACAAGCCUCGCGUGCAUACGUUUCCAUGGCGAUAGCGAGAAAUAUAAAAUUCGGCACGUGACCCUUAACGACGGAUAGACGAGGAAUAAACCCUGCUCGGAGAGACAGGCCACUGAUGAGCUUCAGUUUUUGUUUUUAACCUCCCUUCGACCAAUCAGCGCCGUGUUGCUAGGCUGGCCCUUCCUCUGAUUGGUGGACACGGAUGUCAAUCUGUGUAGGUGAAGCGCAGGAUGAUUUCUGCUCAAUUACAUGAAACACCCCAAAACACGUCGGCACCAGCAGCCCGGAGGAAACACUGCAGAGGACCACACGGCUUCUCCAAAACAUAAGCUGCCUUUCCUUUACAGCAAAGGUCGCGGUGCCUUUCAGGAGUCUUCUCUACUUUUCAGAGGUGUGUGUGUCCCACCCCACGCACCACCACGGCCCUCACGUGUGUGUUGCGCUGUUUCCCGUGUGAGCCAUCCUGGGCCGGGAGCCCCUUUGUGCAACGUGCACCAAGCCCGCCUAUGCUCACUAUGACGCGCUCCAAAACUUUCCAGGCCUACCUUCCCACCUGUCACCGAACCUACAGCUGCAUCCACUGCCGCGCACACCUCGCCAACCAUGACGAGCUCAUCUCUAAGUCCUUUCAAGGAAGUCAAGGCAGAGCCUAUCUAUUUAACUCUGUGGUGAACGUAGGCUGUGGUCCAGCAGAAGAGCGAGUGCUCCUCACCGGCCUACACGCAGUAGCAGACAUCUAUUGCGAGAACUGCAAAACUACACUAGGAUGGAAAUAUGAGCACGCCUUUGAGAGCAGCCAGAAGUACAAGGAGGGUAAGUUUAUCAUCGAGCUGGCCCACAUGAUAAAGGACAAUGGCUGGGACUGAGGUCUGAGGGAGCUGUGAUGGAGUAUGGAUGAAGCCAGUUCAGAUGCUGGCUGUGUGGGUAAACAAGUGACGCUGGUUUCAUGUCGCCUUCUCUCUUGUACUCUAUUCAACAUUACACACACACACACACACACACACACUCCUCUUUCCAGGGUUGCAGGUGUAGCAUCAGGGGUUCUGAAUAAGGUACAGAGGAGAGGCAGUCCUAGGAACAGUGUGUGUGUGUGUGUGUGUGUGUGUGUGUGUGUGUGUGUGUGUGUGCGUGCGCACGUCCUAGUGGAUAUGUGAACACAUCCAGUAAAAGGUGUGUAGACAUGUACACUCACCUAGAUAUAUACACCCAACUAGUUACUUGCAUGCCCGCCCCCAUCCUAGCCCAAGACAACCCAAUGUGUUUGUGUGCAUCUGGGUUCCACUCUAAACUUGGCAGGGCCAUGGGGUCACACAGGUAGUCUAUAUAGGAGAGUGCUAAGGUGAUUAUCCCAAAUCCAGCUGAGUUUGGCCACUGCCAGCUUGGGCCAAUGACGACGGGUCUCUGAACGGGCCUCUGACGGAGACAGCCAAUGAAAGAGGCCCUGAUGAGGGGUAAAACCAGUCAUAUUGGCAGGCAGAGCUUUCUAACGAGACCGCCCCGUCUCACCGUUUAUAAGACACUAACAUCUAGCUCUCCUUUGACCUUACAUACAAAAAGCGAAUGUUAACCAGGAAAUGGAACUGGACACACGUGGUUGUGUCCAGACCUUAAAAAAUCCGUUAGCCGUUAGCUGCCUGUGCUAGCCCUGCUUUUGUUGUGUGAUUAUGUUUUUAGGAAUUACUGCUGGGCACGACGACGACAAGGUUUUCCGAGCUUUCGCACGACAGGUACAAUACUGGAAUACUGCCUCCUUUUUUUAAACCUGAAAUAUAACUCCAGAGAUUUAAAGCCAGUUCACAGUGACACCUCGUAGGUGUGUCUCCAUGUCUACCAAAGAACCCGUCCAUCUAUUACUGGUUACACGAACGGCGGAUAGGCCGUAGUGACCUGAGGGGCCCUGUGUUUAUACCAUAGUGACCCUGAUCAACUGCUGCAGUGUGAUGCAAAGACAUAAAAACCUUUCCUAACCAUUUUCAUUCGUUUAUCUUUUCAUAUGCAGUGUGUGCAAAAGGGUGUAGUGAAGUAAUGUGUGUAUAUAUACACGUGUAUAUACAUAUACAUAUAAAAUGAUGAGGCAGUUUAUUAGUUUUCUAGGCUAAUUCGAUUAAUCAUACUUCCAACAAGCAAGCAGCACAAAGGCAUAUCACAAACAUGACAUCAGUCUGUAACCUAGUUCUCUUUUCUGCAGCUCUCAGGCCACAGGCUUCAGUACUUUGAGUUCUCACUCAGCACUCCUUAUAUAGGUUUGGUAUGGGUGGUGGAGCUGGCUCGGAUGUAGCCACCGGUUAAAUACGCUGUUGAACUAUAAUCAUAAAGCUCCAUACAGUUAUCAUGUGUAUUCCUGUCAUUGUUGCGCAUUUCCAGCAUGUAUUCUGUUCACUCCUGUUAAACCAGAUUAUCCAAGUGAUUAUAGCAUAAAGCUAUUCCAACGCUUACAGGUUUGGGUGAUGAUCCAAAAUUCAAGUUGUUGUGAGAUCAUGAAAAUACCCAUAAUGCUGUAGUGCUGCAUGUGAUAGUCUCUGUGUGCACAGAUGAGGAUCAGGGUUAAGGAGUUGAAAGUAGCCAGCUUUUUGUCUCUGAAAAGUGAAAUGCAUUCUCUUUCUUUCUUUCUUUCUUUUUUGUUUUGUUUUGUUUGUAAAUGACAGAUAUUAAUAUAUUUAAGCACUUACAUGUACAUUAAAGAGAGGUAUCAUUAUUUAGGUUGAUCUGUGUGUUAUUUAUGGCUUCGAACAUCAUACUGUGCUUUGUGUCUGGAGCCCUAAUCGGGUGUGCAAUAUUUGGCACGUUUUUUUACUCUUGAAAACGUUUCAAGCUGUGUGUCUUUUAUAAAAUCAUGACUAUAUAUUAACUACUGCUGGAGAUUGAUCUAAAUUAAAAAUAAAAGAUAUGGUAAGUCGA